CCCCUCCCCUGACACCCAGAGCCCACGAUGGCAGAGCUGCCAGUGUCGGAGACGCCCAGGGACCCCACUCUGUGCAGUGGGCGCUUCACCAUCAGCACGUUGCUGGGGGGCGAAGAACCCCCCCCACCGGCCGCCUAUGACAGCAGCCACCCCAGCCACCUGACGCACGGCAACACCUUCUACAAUCGCACCUUUGGCUACAACACUAUUGAUGUGGUGCCCGCCUACGAGCACUAUGCCAACAGCGCCCUGCCUGGCGAGCCCCGAAAGGUCCGGCCCACGCUGGCCGACCUGCACUCCUUCCUCAAGCAGGAAGGCAGCCACCUGCAUGCCCUCGCCUUUGACAGCCGGCCCAGCCAUGAGAUGACUGAUGGGCUGGUGGAGGAUGAGGCAGGUACCAAUGGCGAGAAGAACCCUGAGGAGCCUGUGCGCUUUGGCUGGGUCAAAGGGGUGAUGAUCCGCUGCAUGCUCAAUAUCUGGGGUGUGAUUCUCUACCUGCGGCUCCCCUGGAUUACCGCCCAGGCGGGCAUUGUCCUGACCUGGAUCAUCAUCCUGCUCUCGGUCACCGUGACCUCCAUCACGGGCCUCUCCAUCUCUGCCAUCUCCACCAACGGCAAGGUCAAGUCAGGUGGCACCUACUUCCUCAUCUCCCGGAGUCUCGGCCCAGAGCUCGGCGGCUCCAUCGGCCUCAUUUUUGCUUUCGCCAACGCCGUGGGCGUGGCCAUGCACACUGUGGGCUUCGCAGAGACUGUGCGGGACCUGCUCCAGGAGUAUGGCUCGCCCAUCGUGGACCCCACCAAUGACAUCCGCAUCAUCGGCGUGGUCACCGUCACUGUUCUGCUGGCCAUCUCCCUUGCUGGCAUGGAGUGGGAGUCCAAGGCCCAGGUGCUCUUCUUCCUCGUCAUCAUGGUCUCGUUUGCCAACUACCUGGUGGGGACGCUGAUCCCCCCAUCUGAGGAGAAGGCCUCCAAAGGCUUCUUCAGCUACCGAGCGGACAUUUUUGUCCAAAACUUGGUGCCUGAAUGGAGAGGCAUGGAUGGCAGCUUCUUCGGGAUGUUUUCCAUCUUCUUCCCCUCGGCCACAGGUAUCCUGGCAGGAGCCAACAUCUCUGGGGACCUCAAGGACCCUGCCGUAGCCAUCCCCAAGGGCACGCUCAUGGCCAUUUUCUGGACCACCGUCUCCUACCUGGCCAUCUCAGCCACCAUCGGCUCCUGUGUGGUUCGAGAUGCCUCCGGGGGGCUAAAUGACACGGUGACCCCCGGCUCAGGCACGUGCGAGGGGCUGGCCUGUGGCUACGGCUGGAACUUCACCGAGUGCAGCCAGCGCCACAGCUGCCGCUACGGCCUCAUCAACUACUACCAGACUAUGAGCAUGGUAUCAGGCUUCGCACCCCUGAUCACAGCCGGCAUCUUUGGGGCCACCCUCUCCUCUGCCCUGGCCUGUCUCGUCUCUGCCGCCAAAGUCUUCCAGGUUCUUGUGCUGAUUCAAUGGACUCGUGUACAGAAGACCUGGCGCAUAGAGGUGCUCGUCUUGUUUGGGGAUCGUGAAGAAGCAGGCCCCGAGACAAGGAUUCAUGUGCAUAAGUGUACUGGGGUGCCAGAGCAGGGGGCUCCUGAGCUCAACACCAUCGCCCCCAUCAUCUCCAACUUCUUCCUCUGCUCCUACGCCCUCAUCAACUUCAGCUGCUUCCACGCCUCCAUCACCAACUCGCCCGGGUGGAGACCCUCGUUCCGAUACUACAGCAAGUGGGCAGCGCUGUUUGGGGCGAUCAUCUCCGUGGUCAUCAUGUUCCUGCUCACCUGGUGGGCGGCCCUCAUCGCCAUCGGUGUGGUCCUCUUCCUCCUGCUCUAUGUGAUCUACAAGAAGCCAGAGGUGAACUGGGGCUCCUCGGUACAGGCGGGCUCCUACAACCUGGCCCUGAGCUACUCUGUGGGUCUCAACGAGGUGGAGGACCACAUCAAGAACUACCGCCCCCAGUGCCUGGUGCUCACGGGGCCCCCCAACUUCCGCCCGGCCCUGGUGGACUUUGUGGGCACCUUCACCCGGAACCUCAGCCUGAUGAUCUGCGGCCACGUGCUCAUGGGCGCCCGCAAACAGAGGAUGCCUGAGCUCCGGCUCAUCGCCAGCGGGCACACCAAGUGGCUGAACAAGAGGAAGAUCAAGGCCUUCUACUCCGACGUCCUCGCCGAGGACCUGCGCAGUGGCGUCCAGGUUCUCAUGCAGGCUGCAGGUCUCGGGAGGAUGAAGCCCAACAUUCUGGUGGUCGGGUUCAAGAAGAACUGGCAGUCGGCUCACCCAGCCACGGUGGAGGACUACAUUGGCAUCCUGCACGACGCUUUUGAUUUCAACUACGGUGUAUGUGUCAUGAGGAUGCGGGAGGGCCUCAACAUCUCGGAGGUGAUGCAGGCACACAUUAACCCUGUGUUUGACCCAGCAGAGGACAGCAAGGAAGCCAGAGCCGGCGGGGCCCAGCUGUCUGUCUCUGGCACAGUGGACCCCGAGGCCUUGGUGCAGGAGGAGCAGGCCAGCACCGUCUUCCAGUCGGAGCAGGGCAAGAAGACCAUCGACAUCUACUGGCUGUUCGACGACGGAGGCCUCACCCUCCUCAUCCCCUAUCUCCUCGGCCGCAAGAAGAGAUGGAGCAAAUGCAGAAUCCGCGUGUUCGUGGGGGGCCAGAUCAACAGGAUGGACCAGGAGAGAAAGGCGAUCAUUUCUCUGCUGAGCAAGUUCCGGUUGGGAUUCCACGAAGUUCAUGUCCUUCCCGACAUCAACCAGAAGCCACGGGCCGAGCACAUCAAGCGCUUUGAGGACAUGAUUGCACCCUUCCGCCUGAAUGAUGGCUUCAAGGACGAGGCCACAGUCACUGAGAUGAGGCGUGACUGCCCCUGGAAGAUCUCAGAUGAGGAGAUUAACAAGAAUAGAAUCAAGUCCCUGCGGCAGGUGAGGCUGAACGAGAUUCUGCUGGAUUACUCCCGAGACGCCGCUCUGGUUGUUAUCACCCUGCCCAUAGGGAGGAAGGGGAAGUGCCCGAGCUCACUCUACAUGGCCUGGCUGGAGACGCUGUCCCAGGACCUCAGACCUCCUGUCAUCCUGAUCCGAGGAAACCAGGAGAACGUGCUCACCUUUUACUGCCAGUAGCUUCGGGCUUGGCUGUACCUGCCCAAAGCCUGAGCGCAGGGGACGCCCACCUGUCCACGGGCACAGAAGGCAUACCCUGUCACAUGUAGCAUCUGAUGAUCUGAUGGAAGUUGGUAGAUUUUCAAACAUCUGCUGGACCCCACUCCCAUCGGGCGUGUGCUCUGUGUGUUUUGUUUUUAUGGGCUAGAGAAGUAGCAGAUAGAGUUGUCUGCUCUAUCCGGUGGGUCCAUAUCCCUUUUAAGUUUUCUUUUGCUCUUGAUUACAACAAAUUAAGAUUUCAGUCUUUGAUUUGUGUACAAAUUUGAGUUAGACCGCUGGAUGUGAAUCUUGGCAGUUUCUACGGACCUUUCCUGGGAGCACCCCCUAAACACGCCACCCCCUUCCAAUGUCAGGCAAGUGGGCACCCCACAGGCACCUGCAGCCCUUACAGGAGGAAUACAGGGCCCCUUGAGCCUCCAUAAUAAUGCAAAUUUAUUUAACUGCCUCUCACUUCCUUCACUUUCAAUAAUGUGUCUAAAGUGCUUUGGUUCUUUGGUAAACCGGGACUUUCAAACUUUUCUAGAUGGCAACCUAUGGUAAGAAAUCUAUUUGACAUUGAGACUGGGAACAAAUACAGUGAAAUGAAAGUGUCACAAAACAAUCCUUAUCCUUUGCUGAGAAAGACAGAGCUUCUGGCUGAGCACUUGGAGGAGGGAGAGGGGGGUGCCUUUGGGCCAUUCAAUGGCCUGGGACCAACUCCCACUCCAGAUUAGGCAAAGCCUUUCUAGAGCCACAUGGAAAACCACUUCCUGGCAAAUGGUUGCUCCCUCUUCUGACCUCAAGGAGACUCUGAUCCAAGAACAGAGAAUGCUUUGACUUCGGGAAUUUAAAUAAAACAC